AUGGCUCCGCUGCCCGCGUCUCGCGUCACGCCGUCUCGCGCUUUUGGUCGCACCGGAGUCGAUUACGCCGGGCCCUUCUCCGUGCUUACAUCGAAGGGACGGGGGAUCCGGACCACAAAGGGCUACAUCGCUGUCUUCGUGUGCAUGACCACCAAAGCCGUGCAUCUGGAGCUUGUCGGCGACCUUUCCGCGGCCAACUUCUUGGGUGCUCUCACCCGUUUCACCGGUCGUCGAGGCCGACCAUCCGAGCUUUGGAGCGUCAACGCCACCUGCUUCCGUCGAGCUGAUUUGGAGCUCCGCGAGGCGUUGCAGGGCGCAGAAUUUAACUGGGACCUAGUCGCCGGGACUCUUGCCUCCCAGGGGGUUUUCUGGCAGUUCAUUCCUCCUGGUGCGCCACAUUUUGGAGGACUCUGGGAGGCCGCGGUCAAGUUGACCAAGAGCCAUCCAUGCCGUGUGCUCGGUUCUCGUCAUCUAACGUAUAAAGAGUUCUCUACGGUUCUCGUUGGAAUUAAGGCCGUGUUGAAUAGCCGCCCGUUGACACCCUUGUCUGGCGAUCCCUCUGACCUCAAAGUGCUCACGCCUGGACAUUUCCUCAUCGGGGCUCCCGUCGAUUCCAUCGUCUAA